AACGGCAUUGUAAAUUGUAAAAAAAGUACAACAAGUGUUAAAGUAAAUAUUCCAGAUGGAGUUGUGUAGGAAGAAACAGUGGUUAGUAUCAGUAUUGUUGGGAGCAAUAGUUUUGAGUGAUGUGUUAGGCAAUAGUAGUGGUUGCUUCCAACAAGAGAAGGCUGCGUUGUUGGAUUUCAAGGCUACUUAUCAUGGCAACGACUCAUUGAAGCUGCGUUCGUGGGUGAAUGAGGCUAAGAGCAAUUGUUGUGAUUGGGAACGGGUCACAUGUGAUUCCUCUUCUGGUCACGUAAUCCAUCUAGAUCUUGGAAAUACAAUUGCUGAAAGUGAAAUGGUACCAUUUGUAUAUCCACCUGGUGAAAUGGGACCAUAUACGUCGAACAUAAAAAUGCCUCCAUGGCCAUAUCCAUAUUGUUCAAAGCACACAAGCCGUUUCUUAAACUGGUCCUUGUUUCUACCCUUCAGGAAAUUGACAAGUCUCAGUCUGUCCAACUCUUGUUUGCUGGGAUUCAUUCGGACGGAAGUUUCAGAUAACAGCAAGUCAACAUUGAAGAAGUUGGAGACUUUAGAUCUCAGUUUCAAUUAUCUCAAUGAGAGCAUAAUGGAAAUUGUGGGUGUUCUCCCAUCUGUCAAGAAUUUAAUUCUUGCUGCUAAUUUUAUCAGAGGACCCUUUUUGAAAGAAUUAUCACUUUUACCAAACUUGGAAGUGUUGGAUUUGCAUAUGAAUAUGCUCGGCAAUGGCAGCCACUUUGCAACUCAAGAUUAUAAAAACAAGUCAACAUUGAAAAAGUUGAAGACAUUAGAUCUCAGUAUCAAUAAUCUCAACGAGAGCAUAAUGGAAUUUGUUGGUGCUCUCCGAUCCAUCAAGAAUUUAAGUCUUGCCGGUAACUUUAUAGCUAGACCUUUUCCGAUAAAAGAAUUGUCACUUCUACCAAACUUGGAAGUGUUAGAUUUGAGUAUGAAUCAUCUUGUUAGUUCUGUCACAACUCAAGAUAUCCAUUCCAGCACCGAGUUCUAUGUAUUAAAGAAGUUGAAGACACUCAACUUAGCUGACAAUCAUUUUGACAAGGGAAUAUUCAAGUCUUUAGUUGCUUUUCCUUCUCUCAGAUCUUUGAACCUAGAAUUUAAUCCAAUCAAAGGGGAUCUUGAUGACAACGUUUUGGCUAAUCUAAGCAAGCUGGAAGUUCUUCGACUAAGUAACUCAGCUAUCACCGGAUAUUUCCCUAAUCAAGGUUUAUGUAAAAUGAAGCAACUUCGAGAGGCAGGACUGUCAUAUAAUAAUCUCAUAGGAACUUUGGAUCCAUGCCUUGGCAAUUUGACAUCACUUCACUCUCUUGAUCUCUGCUUUAACUUCUUAAGUGGGAACCCGGCACCUUUUAUUGGGCACCUUGUCUCUAUCGAGAAUCUUUGCAUAUCUUUCAAUGAAUUUGAGGGCAUAUUCUCAUUAAGCAUUUUUAGCAACCAUUCAAGGCUCAAGAGUUUGCUAAUUGGCAAUAUGAAAGUUGACACUGAAAAUCCGCCUUGGAUCGCACCAUUUCAGUUGGAGCAACUAGCAAUUACCUCUUGCAAGUUAAACUUACCCACAAAAGUAAUUCCAACUUUCCUUUCAAAUCAAAGUAGCUUGAGAGAUAUUGAUUUAUCGGGUAACAACCUAGUUGGUAAAUUUCCCAGCUGGUUGCUUGUGAACAACUCAAAUUUAGAAGAAGUGGAUUUAUUUCAUAAUUCUUUCAGUGGACCUUUUGAACUACCCUUUGAUCUAAAUCAUCACAUGGACAAAAUAAAAACCUUGUCCUUAUCAAACAACCAGAUGCAAGGCAAGCUCCCCGAUAACAUUGGAUCCUUUUUCCCUCAUUUAGUGAAUUUUGAUGUCUCAAACAAUAACUUUGAUGGGCAUAUUCCAGCUUCAAUUGGAGAGAUGUCAAGCUUGCAGGGAUUGUAUAUGGGGAAUAAUAAUUUUUCUGGCAAUGUACCUAAUCAUAUUCUUGACGGAUGCUUCUCAUUAAAAACAUUGAUGAUGGAUAGCAACCAACUCAAUGGAACACUGCUGAGUGUGAUCAGAAAGCUUAGACUUGUCACCUUAACCGCAUCAAGGAACAACUUUGAAGGUGCAAUAACAGAUGAAUGGUGCCAACAUAAUCUUGUUAUGUUAGACCUAUCUCACAAUAAAUUCUCUGGUACAAUACCCUCUUGCUUCGAAAUGCCAGCGUACUUGUUCUUGCAGGGAAACAGUCUUACCGGCACGAUACCUGAAGCAUUAAUAAGCAACUACUCCCGACCAACUGCCAUAGAUUUUAGUGACAACAAGUUUAUUGGAACUAUUCCAGAUAGCAUAUAUAAGCUUUGGUCUUUAAGAUUUCUUUUAUUGGCAGGUAAUCAGUUGCAAGGCCAACUUUCCAGUCAGGUAUGCCAACUAGAGCAAAUCAAUAUCUUGGACCUUUCGCGAAAUAACUUCACUGGCUCUAUACCUCCUUGCUUCAGUAGCAUGUCAUUUGGAAAUUUUACUAUACCCUUGUAUAGUCUUGAUAGGCUUAAACCAUUUAGCCCUAGACCUGAUGUUGCAGAAAUGCAACUCACAACAAAAAAUUUAUAUCUUUCAUUCAAAAGUGACAAAUUUCAAAUGAUGUCAGGAUUAGAUUUGUCAUCUAAUCAAUUGACAGGAGAGAUUCCACACCAAAUAGGAGAUUUGCAUUACCUCCAUUCACUCAACUUAUCUCAUAACCAUCUACAUGGAUUGAUUCCAGAGAGCUUCCAGAAGCUAAAAAACAUAGAGAGCUUAGAUCUUUCAAAUAACAACUUGAGUGGACAAAUCCCUAUUCAGUUACAGGACUUGAACUUUUUAUCUACCUUCGAUGUUUCCUACAACAAUUUGUCAGGCAAAGCACCUGAUAAGGGACAGUUUGCUAAUUUUGAUGAGGACAACUACAAAGGAAAUCCAUAUCUUACUUGGAAUAACAGUAAUAGAGGCAGUCUAACAACGCUGCCACCACCAAGUACUGCAUUGCAUGAUGGAGAGGAAAAUGACACUGCAAUUGAUUUCACUGCUUUCUGUUGGAGUUUUGCUUCAUGCUAUGUCAUGGUACAAAUAGUGUUGGUGAUAAUCCUUUGGAUCAAUCCUCAUUGGCGGAGACAGUGGUUUUAUUUUGUCGAAGUGUGCCUUCAUAAAUGCUUUGGUCAAUUUCUUGAAGAUGUGUUCUACUAGAAAGUUGUGAAAUAAAUUGUUCAUGCAUGUUAAAUAUAUAUGUUUAAUUUUAACAAGAAGUGAUGGUGCACGCUACCGUAUGGGAAUAAUGUAAUUUGUUUGGGAUAUUUAAUCAAGUGCCUCAAAUUCUCGUAAUGUAUUUUGAUCAAUGUUUCGGUAGUUUUCUUUUAUGCAGUACAUCAAUUAUAUAUUUUCUUGUGA